AUGAGCGACGAAGACGAAGAUCAAUUAAAUUCCAAUAUCACAUCUCACAAUACAGUUGAUGUUCGUCGACGUUUAUUAGAAAUCAAAAAUGAUCUUCAAGGAUUAAUGCGUCAAAAAAAAAAAUACGAUGAAGAAAAAUUAAAACAAGAUUCUGAAUUUUUACAAACUGAAAUAAAUGCUUUACGUACUUCAAUCUCUGACAUUAACAAGGAAAUAAAUAAUCAAACACAGACUAAAAAGAGAUUACAUGUUCAAAUGACAAAUCUUCGAUCACGGUCGAGACUUCGUUAUACUAAUUUAGCAAUAGCACUUCGAGAUAAACGACGAUAUGAAGCAGAAUUAAAGAAAGAAAAUAAAACAGACGAAUAUCGUGCACUAGCGCAAAGAGAAAUUCGUUCAAUUGAAACAGCGUUACCUGUUCUUCAAGAAGAAGAUGAAUAUAAAGCACAGUUAAAAACAGCUGAAGAUGCACAACAAGCUGCUACUAUUAAACGAAAGAAACUAGAAGAAAGCUUGAAUAAAAAUCUACGCAAACAAACUGAUAUAAAACAAUUAUUAAGUGAAAAUGCAGAAAAAUUGCCUCAAAUUGAAGCCACUAUAGAAAGUUUACGUUGUGAACGUGAAAGUUUAUUAUCAUCUGCUACUAAUGCACAUUCUACGAAUGGAAAAAAGUGCCGUCGCCGUUUACAUUCUAACCAACAAAAAUCACUUGACUCUCCCACUGCUGCCGCUGCUGCUCAAACGCCAAUUCGAGCAUGUGUAUCUUUUGAAAACGAUUGUUUGGAACAUGAAAAAAAUCAAUGUGAUGAUCAAUUAAAUAAAAUCAAUACAUUAAUAAGCUAUUUUCGUGAUAAGUUAACAGAACACGAUCUUAGUAAUGAUCAUACAUGUGUAACGCCUUCAUCAGAAUUAACAUCACUUCUCUAUCAUCCAUUAACGCCUCAUGAAGAGCAAACUAUCCUCUCGUCAUACAUGGAAGAUCGUGAUUGCGACAAUAUUUUAUUAUCAAAAUCAACUACAACGCAACCAACAGCUGCUAUUGCUAUGAAGUUACCACGAAAUUUUCUUCCGUUAAAUUUGAAUUCUGCAAGUACCAAUGAAAUAAUUCAUUCACCAUAUUAUGCUGGAAACGAAAUUGAAUAUAAGAAAGAAUUAUCAUCUGAUAUUGUUAAUAAAUAUGGUGGACAUCCAAAAAAGAAUAAACAACAACUAUCAUCAAAUAUUGGGAAAAAAAAUAAGAAACAUAAAAAGAAUUUUGCUAUAACACACAUCCCUCAAAUGAUUGCGUUAUACAAUACUGUUCAUGGUUCAACUGGUAGUUAUGAUACAUUACCAUCGAUGCCAAUGUAUGAAUAUGAAUUGGUUCCUACAAUUCAAUCUCUUGAAUUUUUACAACAAAGUCUUGAAUCUUAUUUAAAUGAAUUAUCACGUCGCUAUGAAAAUAAUGUAAAAUCAUCAAAUAAUGAUGAGGAUGAAGGGCAAAACAAAUCUGGCAUUGAUAAUGAAGAUGAUGAUAUUCGUGAUUCGGCUUUGGACACAUUCUCUGAAACAUCAUCUUUAAUAGAACCCAUGAAUAUAGCGAAACAAUUAGCAAGUCCUAAUUCAACAUUAAUGAAUAUUCUUGAAGUACGUUCAUCUGCAUCAUCAGAUGAUAAAAAAACUAUUAAUUCAUCUUCAUCACCUCCAUCAUCAAAUCACAGUGAUUCAAAAAAAAAUAAACAAUUAACUUUAAAUUCUUCAUCAACAAAACUUGAAGAAUUAAGUUCUCAUUUGCAAGAUAUUCAAAUUGACCGUCAAAUAUCUGAUGAAGGUUAUCGUUCAGUUCGCAAUGACCAACAACAAGCUACAGGAGUAGCGUCGAAUCAUUGUUUACCAUUAUUAACUAGAUCGCAAAGUUAUGAUUCUACCGAAAAAGUUGAUCAAUGGUUAUCAACUGCAACACCAUUGACUUCAUCCGUACCUAUGUCAAUAAGUUUUAAUACUAAUUUUCAACCAACUGAUAUUGAUGAUGAGGAAUAA